AUGAUAAGCGAGGACCUUUUGCCGUGGGAUACGUUAGACGAACUGGGAAUUGGUGGAAAUCCAAUAAAUUGCACCUGUGACACAGCGUUUCUACUUGAAGACGAAUAUUAUUCGUAUGAAUAUACAAAUGCAAUACCCAAAUGUGCUGCUCCUCCAAAACUGAAAGGACGACCGCUGACAAAAGUUGCUCAGGCAGAUGCAUGUCCAUCGAUAGCAAAUGCGGAGAAGGGUAGUCGAUUUGCAGGAAUUUUCAUGAUGCUUCUCAUUCUGGUGUUUUGUACUGUUGGAAUCUACUACUGUGUGGCAACAAAACGAUAUGAGCUUCUUGUUAAACGUAUACAGCAUCCUCCGCUAUCCUAUUCAAAUCUUUCCAACAAAGAUGAUCAGCAAGGGCUCGAACAGGACUUCCAACAACGGCCAGAAGAUGUUUAG